UAAGCCUCUCCUGCACACUCACUCAUUACCAGAUUGUUCUUUGAACUCAGGCAAAAACUCUUCUGAUUCCCGGGAAACCUGCCAGCCUUCUAUCACUCACCUUGAGAUCAUCUUCCAUCCCACAACUAUACAGUGUCUCAUCCAGAAUGAUGAAACUCAGUGUUUUCCUUCUCAUGCUCCUCGUGGAGACGUGCUCUGCCUCCACUUAUCAAAACGUGGCGUUGCGUGGAAAAGCGACCCAGUCAAACCGUUAUAACCACGUGUUUGGAUCUGCCAGCAGCGCUAUUGAUGGAAACCGUGACAAUAAGUUCAAUUCUGGAUCGUGCACCCACACUGAUGCAGAAAGCAACCCCUGGUGGAGAGUGGACCUGCUGGAGCCCUACAUCGUCACCUCCGUCAUCAUCUCCAACAGAAGAGACUGCUGUUCAGACAGGCUUCAGGGGGCACAGGUCCACAUCGGCAACUCUUUAGGCAACAAUGGUGCUUCAAACCCAGUGGCUGGUACAAUUUCUACAAUAAAGGCAUUGUACACUCUGACUUUCACUCAUCGUGUGGAGGGACGCUAUGUGACUGUGCGUAUACCGGGUUAUAGAAAGGUCCUUACCCUCUGUGAGGUGGAAGUCUACGGGUACCAUGCCCCAACUGGAGAGAACCUGGCCAUUCAAGGCAAAGCCACACAGUCAUCAGUGUAUGGGGCUGCCGAUGCAGAUAGAGCCAUUGAUGGGAAUCGGGCCUCCAAGUGGGGUGACGGUUCCUGCAGUCACACAGCCAAGGAAAGGAACCCCUGGUGGAGGCUGGCUCUGCCCAAAACACACAAAGUGUUUUCUGUUGAGAUAACCAACCGAUAUGAAGUCCACGAACGACUCAAUGGAGCCGAGAUCCGCAUUGGAGAUUCUCUUGUAAACAAUGGUGCUGACAAUCCAAGGUUUGCUGUAAUCACCAGCAUCCCGGCAGGUGAAACUGCUGAGUUCCAGGUUCCCAACGGGAUGGACGGCCGCUAUGUUUACAUAGGUAUCACUGGAAGAUGGGAGUACCUGACCCUCUGUGAGGUGGAGGUGUUUGGCUCUGCACUGGAUUAGCAUUCAAUGUAAUGGAUUUGCAAAGAUGCUGUAAUGUGUACACAAAGCAUCCAAAAUAAAAUUUGCAUCUUAAAUUUCA